CGUAUAGAUAAAUGCUUACAACUGUCUCAUAUAUAUGCAUCAUCACCACAUUCCAUUCCAUAUCGCAUGUUCCAUAAUGGCUCCGUCAUGUUUCUCUCCCAAAAACCGAUCCAUUUUCACACAUUUCUUUCUUUUAAUUUUAUUUUCAUCGCAAACCAAACUCGCUGCUUCUCUUCCUCCUUCUUCUUCUUGUUUCAAAUCCAUAAUUGGCUUCGGCGAUUCACUAACAGAUACCGGAAACCUACUCCACUUGUAUCCAUCGGAACCUCCCUUGUUUUUCGCGGUGCCGCCGUACGGAGAAACUUUCUUCAAUCGUCCCACCGGAAGAUGCUCCGACGGCCGCCUCAUCAUCGACUUCAUUGCUGAAUAUUUGGGGCUUCCUUUGGUGCCGCCGUUUUACGGUGGAAAGAAUUUGAGCGGCGGAAAUAGUGUGAAUUUUGCGGCGGCGUCGGCAAAUGCGCUGCCGGACUCCUUUUUUAUGAAUAAAGGAAUCGAAGUUCGUCAUGCAAAUAUUUCUUUGACAGAUCAAUUGCGAUGGUUUAAGGAACUUUUUUUGCCAAAAUUUUAUCGCAAACCUUCAGAUCGUAAGAGAUUUCUUGAGGCGUCGUUGAUGAUAGUGGGAGAGAUAGGAGGCAACGACUAUAAUCACGCAUUGCUUAAAGGGAAAAGCAUGGAAUUGGUUCAAACAUUCGUUCCUCAAGUUGUCAAAGCCACCACUUCAACAAUCAGUGAACUGAUUAAACUAGGAGCAGUGACACUAAUGGUUCCAGGCAACUUCCCCAUUGGAUGUUUGGCCACUUAUCUCACACAGUUCAGAAGCUCAAAUCAAAAUGAUUACGACCCUAAAACCGGUUGUAUUAUUUGGCUAAAUAAGUUUGCCAUUUACCACAAUAAGCUGCUUCAAUCAGAAAUCAGUCGCAUUCAACACGAGAAUCCUAACACCACAAUAAUCUACGCCGACUAUUACAAUGCUGCAAUGCGCUUCUAUCGUUCCCCACAAAAAUACGGAUUUACAAAAGGAGGGCUCGCAGUUUGCUGCGGAGGGUGUGGGCCAUAUAACGUGGACCAGUCGCUCCAUGGGAAUCAAGUGUGUAAGAAUUCGUCUGAAUACGUCGGUUGGGAUGGUCUGCAUUUGACGGAAGCAGCUUACAGAGUUAUAGCAAGGGCUUUAAUGCAAGAAUCCUACACUAUUCCUAAACUCAACUCUCUUUGUGCUUUGUCUCCCAAUAUUGUCAGCAUUUCCGACCACUAGUUAUAAUUCUUUUAAGGGUUACUAGCAAAAAUAACGAGUGUUGCAUGUUUAACUAAUGUCAUUUUAUGUUAUGGAAGAUAAAUAUAUACUAUUAUUAUAUAGUUUGAAUAUUGUAUAACUAAUGUAAUUUUGUAUGAUGAAAAUGAAAUAUAUGAAAUUAUUAUAUA